AUGAAUGGUUGUGAAAUUGAGUAUGAUCAUGUGUACCACAAUUAUAUCAAAGCUCAAGAAAUCAUUGAAAUUUCGUCUUAUGAUGAUGAGAUGAUUGGUCAAGAUGAUAAUGACACUGCUAUUUCAUCACCAGAUGCUAUAUGCCCUAUUUUGAUAUCGAAGAGAGUAUUGCUCGCAUCUAGCAUUGAACUGAUGUUUUUGUUGCUGGGCAGAGCAAAGCUGGUGAAAGGCCAGGGGCAGAGCAAAGCUGGUGAAAGGUCAGGGCAGAGUAAACCUGGAGAAAGAAGUAGUUCUACAGGAACACCAUCGAUAAGUAAAUCAAUUACUAGUUUGGAAGCCAUGGGCGUACGUGUAUUCGGCCUUGAUGAACCACUUGUUGGUAAUGCCAAAGAAGAGGUAUCAUGGGAUACCAUUGCUGGCUAUGAUCAGCAAAAGAGGUAUUUAAAAUGCGGGGCUUUGACGGUGAAUUAUUUCUGA